UGUCCUGGAGAUCUGCCCCCCUGAAGAUCUGUCCUGGAGAUCUGCCCCCCUAAAGAUCUGAUCUAUCCGCCCUCCCUGGAGAUCUGACCCCCUGGAGAUCUGUCCUGGUGAUCUAUCCGCCCUCCCUGGAGAUUUGACCCCCCCUGGAGAUCUGUCCCGGAGUGUAAUGUCCGAUCUGUGAGUGGUCACACUGGCCGGGAUGGAGCGCUCGCUAGGACCAUGGACCCUGCUGGUACUCGGAUGUCUGCUUGCAUUGGAAUGUGUCAGCACUCAGAAUGUUUGUACUGGGACAGUGAAUGGUCUCAGUGUUACGGGUGAGGCUGAAUACCAGCAUCUGACCUUGAAGAACAUGUACAACAACUGUCAUAUCGUGAUGGGCAACCUGGAGAUUGUGCUGGUUGAGAACAAUAAAGAUCUGUCAUUCCUAAAGUCUAUACGUGAAGUGACGGGGUACGUUUUGAUCGCGUUGAACAUUUUCCAAUAUCUGCCGCUAGACAACCUGCGUGUGAUCCGAGGACAAAGUCUGUAUGAGGACAAAUAUUCCCUUUAUAUGACCCUUAAUAACCAGGUUAAUGGCACACAGGGUCUUCAGAUGCUUGGCUUUCACCAGCUAACAGAAAUCCUGGCUGGAGGCAUCCAUAUAAUCAAUAAUGAACAGCUGUGCUACACUGAUACCAUUGACUGGAAAGAUAUCAUCCGGGAUCCAAAGGCGCAGGUUCUAAUUGAGGAUAAUGCUAUAAACUGUAACGCUUGCCACCCUGCCUGUAAUGGAAAGUGUUGGAGUGGAGAAGAGGGAGACUGCCAGAAAUUGACAAAGAACAUUUGUGCACAGCAGUGCAAUGGCCGUUGCUAUGGACGGGCCCCCACAGAAUGUUGCCAUGAUGAGUGUGCUGGAGGCUGCACUGGAUCCUUAAACACUCAGUGCUUUUCUUGUCGCAACUUUAAUGAUAAUGGAACCUGUGUACCCCAAUGUUCUCAGCUGAUUUACAACCCAGUGACCGGUCAGAUGGAACACAGCCCUGAUGCUAAAUUCCAAUAUGGAGGAUCAUGUGUCAAGAACUGCCCCCAUAACUUUGUGGUGGAUCAGAAUUCCUGUGUUCGCGCUUGUCCCAGCAACAAGAUGGAAGUUACAAAGAUUGGGGUGAAGAUGUGUGAACCAUGUUCAGGCCUAUGCCCUAAAGCCUGUGAGGGCACAGGACCUGGUAGUAAAUACCAAACAGUGGAUUCUAGUAAUAUUGAUAAAUUUGUUAACUGCACCAAAAUUCUUGGUAAUCUGGACUUCCUCACUAUUGGUCUAGAUGGGGAUGUGUGGAUGAAUAUCUCAGCUUUGGAUCCCAACAAAUUGAAUGUUUUCAGAACAGUGCAGGAGAUUACAGGAUACCUAAAUAUCCAGUCCUGGCCAAAGCAUAUGAAUGACUUCAGUGUCUUCUCCAGUCUUACAACCAUAGGAGGUCGAACUCUUUACAACCGAGGAGUCUCUCUUCUUAUAAUGAAAAACAGUAAUGUGACAUCUCUGGGAUUGCGCUCAUUGCGAGAUAUUAGCGCCGGGAAGGUUUACAUUACAGAGAAUGAGAACCUUUGCUAUUACCACUCUAUAAAAUGGCCGCGAUUAUUUUCAAACAGGCGGCAAAAUACUGAUAUGAAGAAUAACAAAGCUGCAGCUACCUGUAUUGAGGAGAACAGAGUAUGUGAUCCACUUUGUUCUGAUGCUGGAUGCUGGGGUCCUGGGCCCAGCCAAUGCCUGUUAUGCAAGAACUUUAGUCGAGACAGCAUAUGUGUACCAUUCUGCAACCUAACCCAAGGAGAUACGAGGGAGUUUGCUAAAGAUGGCUUUUGCCUCCAGUGUCAUCCAGAGUGUCAGAAAAUGAAAGGGAGUCUAAGUUGUAAUGGAACAGGUGCAGACUCUUGCAUUCAGUGUGCACACUUUCGUGAUGGGUUGAAUUGUGUGUCUGAGUGUCCUCAUGGAGUGAUGGGAGAAAAAGGACGAGUGUAUAAAUACCCCAGUGCACAUAAGAUCUGUUUGCCUUGCCAUGAGAACUGUACAGAGGGGUGUGAAGGACCUGGGAUAAACAACUGCAUCAACACAGCUCCACAUCCAGCUGAAAGCAAAACUCAAGCAAUUGUGGCAAUAUCAAUUGUAGCGUCCAUCUUUGUUCUGCUUUGUUGCCUCCUACUGACAUUUCUGUACUGGAGAGGGCUGCAAAUCCGCAAGAAGCGAGCGAUGAGGCGCUACUUGGAGAGGGCAGAGUGUCCUGAAAUGAUGGACCCCUCAGAAAAGUCCAAUACAGUCCAAGCUCGUAUAUUCAAAUGCACCGAGCUGAAGAAACUGAAGAUCUUGGGUGCUGGAGUGUUUGGCACCAUACACAAGGGUGUUUGGAUUCCAGAAGGAGACUCUGUUAAGAUUCCAGUCAGCAUCAAAGUUAUACAAGACCGGAAUGGCUCCCAGACAUUCCACGCUGUCACAGAUCAUAUGUUGGCGAUGGGAAGCCUUGAUCAUCCCUGUAUUGUGCGGUUAUUGGGCAUCUGUCCAGGGACACAGCUGCAACUGGUUACUCAGCUCCUUCCAAUGGGCUCAUUACUGCAAUACGUUCGCCAGAAUAAGAACACCAGCGCUGUUGGUCCUCAAAUGCUGCUUAACUGGUGUGUGCAGAUUGCUAAGGGCAUGUAUUACCUGGAGGAACAUCGCAUGGUUCACAGGAACCUGUCAGCUCGUAAUAUCCUAAUGAAAACAGUCAAUCACGUUCAAGUGUCAGAUUUUGGUGUGGCAGAUCUGUUGUAUCCAGAUGACAAGAAAUUUUGCUACAAUGAAAUCAAGACACCCAUUAAAUGGAUGGCUUUGGAAAGCAUACACUUUGGCAAAUACACUCAUCAAAGUGACGUGUGGAGUUAUGGAGUAACACUGUGGGAAAUGAUGACGUUUGGAGAUGAGCCAUAUCCAGGUAUUCGUUUGUCUGAAGUGCCCGACCUCUUAGAAAAAGGCGAGAGGCUUCCCCAGCCAGUCAUUUCUACUAUUGAUGUCUACAUGGUCAUGGUGAAAUGUUGGAUGAUUGAUGAAAAUGUUCGGCCCACAUUCAAGGAACUGGGUAAUGAAUUUACUCGAAUGGCCCGAGAUCCACCUCGGUACUUGGUCAUAAAGCGGGACAGUGAAAUCCCACAGUCUCCUGUCUUUGGAGAACAGCCAGCUCUGUGUGAGAAAGAAGUUGAGGAGAUGGAAACCGAUUUAGACACAGAGGAAGAUGACGAUAUGAAUGCACAUCCUAAAACUCCCAGUACUGUCUAUACAUCACGGCAAAGAAUAGACUAUUCAAGGAGUCAAAGUGUGCAAAGUUCUCUUGCUGGGUAUCUUCCAAUGAACCAAACCACUGGCAGCGUUACUAAAAAGGGCUCUAUGCUACGUGUUGACCCGGUUGCCAGACAGGGUACACGAAAAAGGGAGGACUCCUUAGGCCGUACAGUAUCUGAGUCAUCAGAGGGAUGUUGUACCUUAUCUGAUAUGGACACAGCAGAAUAUAUGUCAUACGGUGGUGGAAGCCUGAGUCGCAGUUCGCGCUCUCGACUUGACAGCGCCUAUCGUUCUCAAAGGGAAAGCUUUCUACCUGAAACACCAGAUACAGACAGCGAAUAUAUUAUGCCGCAGCUCAGCCUAGGAGACAUUUCCCGAGACAGUACUUUGAAAUCCCUUGAGUCCAGGUCUCUGACGCCUUGUAUGCCCAGUGAAUGUGAUGAUGAUGAUGAUGAUGAUGAAGAAUAUGAAUAUAUGAACAGGGAAAAGCAGCCAUCUAAGAGAUUGGAAUAUGAAUACAUGGACAUCCGAGGAGCAGGAGAUACAAGCAGCGAAUGCAAAACAUCUACAGCAGGCGACAAUAACGAUGAUGAUUAUGACUAUGGGAACAAGGAGGAAUAUGAAUAUAUGAAUGAACAGAAAAGAAGCAAUAGCCAAGACCUGAUCAGUGAGGAUGCAGAGGAGUAUACUUACAUGAAUCGAAAUAGCAGACAGAGAAUGGACAGCUCUUCAGAUGAAAAACAGGGUUAUGAGGACAUGAACUUAAUUGCCAGCCGCCCUAAGUCCUUUGACAAACCCAAACUGAUCCCACAAACAUGCCACAGAGAGGCACUACAAAAAGGGUUCAUUCAACCCCUUCGAGAACUGGAAGUGAAGGACUGUUCCUUCGACAAUCCGGACUAUUGGCAUAGCCGCUUGUUUGUCAAGAGUGACUCGCAAAGAACAUAGAAAAUGGAGACAGCAGGUUUCCAAGACAAACUCACACCUACUUCACUGUAUGUUUACUACUCAGAAGGGACAAUUUCUUCUGUUACUUCUUCAUCCUUGAGGUCGGCAACUUGAAGCAGCCUACUUUAGCAGUCUUCAUCUGAGGGAAAACUGAAUGAGCCACAGAGUGCCUUAACAUUACCUUUAAUUGUUGGUGAAGGUCAGGCCCUACUGGGAAAGGAAGAAUAUGCAGACCAUUUGAGAGAUUAAAAGAAUGAUCACUUACUUGGACUACUAUUUUUUUUAAGUAAUUGUUAAGUAAUUGCAGUGGUCAAGCAUUAAAUCUAGUGGGUGAAAGCCUGUUAAAUAGGUUAUUGUGAGAAGAGUAACAUUUCGUUACCGUUCAAAUGAAGAAGAAUAAACAGGAAGAUUUAAGCAUGAGAAUAAUAUUUCAAAUAAAGCUAGAAUAAACACAAGCAGCAAUUUGCUUUGCUGCCUGUACAAAGUAAGCACUAAUGAUCAAAAUUUGAAGAGAUGUUUUUAUAAGUAAACAUGGUAUUUUGUCUUUACCCCAAAGACUGCAACUAUCUAUGAUGUAUGGACACAAGAGAAUUUAUUAUUCUCCAUUUAAGAAUGCACAGUUAACGACUACACUGCCAUAACAAACCCAUGUGAAUUAAAGUGACCCAACAUAGAUGUUACCUGUCAAUUAGUUACACCACAUUUCUAGAAUAUCAAAUCUUAUGUAUGAAAUUGAUUUUUAACCUAAGAAAAAGCACAGAAAAAAUGUAGUGAUAUCCUUAUACACUAGUCAAGCCAUAGUUGGAAGCAACAGAAUGGUUCCAUUGGUUUUCAAGUUUAGCAGUCUUUUAUUUAUCUUUUUUUACAUUUUGUUUCUGGAAACACGUCCUAUUACAUUUAUUUGUCUGACAUGGGUUUGCACUUUAUUGGUCUAUGUCCAGACAGGAGGCUGAACUUGCUACUGUCUUCCUUCCUUCUAUAUAUCACUGCCAUAUGCCAGUUAGUUUUCUAUGAUGAUGUCUACAGUAAAAUUCAAACAUAUGUUUAGAGCCCUACAACUCUUACAUAAAAAGCCAGAUGUAGUAUAAUUCAUUAGAGGAAUUUAAAUUGAGAACGUAAUUACUAAUUACGCUACUUUUAUUUUAAUUAUGUAUAGUAGAUUUUUUUCCAUUCUGUGCUCUAUCUCAAAAACUUGGGUAGGUGGCAGUGCAUUUUCAAUUACAACAAACAUAGAUACAGUAUAUGAUAUAUAUAUAUUUUUUAAAGGGUAACUGUUUAAUAAAAUUAUCUUAAAAAACUGAAAA